GCGGGUUAACGUUAACCGACGACUCCGUCGUGGGGCGUUCAAGGAGUGGGAGGGAGUAAUAUUAUAUCACCUUCCUCAGUUUCCAACAUCGCUACUCUCGACAUGUCCGCAACAGAAGACCGAAAAUUAUCAGGGAAGGAAGUCGCUCAGCAUAACACAAGGGAAAGCUGUUGGAUCAUCGUGCACGGAAAGGUUUACGAUGUCACAGAGUUCCUAGACGACCAUCCGGGAGGAAGUAAGAUCAUAUUAAAGUACGCAGGAAAGGAUGCUACGCAAGAAUACGAUCCAAUACACCCUCCAGAUGCAAUAACCACUAAUCUUUCGCCCGAGAAACACUUGGGGCCUGUGGAGCCAGACACCGUUGAGAAAGUGGAAGUUGUGAUUACCGAUGAGGAGAAAGCCAGGUUAGAGCGCGCAGAGCAUAAGCCCACAUUGGACGAGAUUCUUAAUCUUCAUGAUUUUGAGUUCAUUGCGAAACAAGUAAUGCCUGAGAAAGCAUGGGCGUACUACUCCUCAGCAGCUGACGAUGAAAUCACAUUGCGAGAGAAUCAUGCAGCAUACCAUAGAAUAUGGUUUCGCCCACGAGUUCUGAGAGAUGUAACACGUGUCGACCUUUCUUCGACAAUACUAGGACAUAAGACAUCGAUGCCCAUCUAUAUCACUGCCACUGCUCUCGGGAAACUAGGCCAUCCAGAUGGCGAAUUGAAUCUGACCCGAGCUGCUGCAAACUAUAACGUGAUCCAGAUGAUUCCGACGCUGGCCUCCUGCUCCUUUGACGAAAUCGUUGACAAUGCCAAACCUGACCAAGUGCAAUUCCUCCAAUUAUAUGUCAAUAAAGACAGGGAGAUCACCAAACGAAUCGUUCAGCAUGCAGAGAAGAGGGGGAUAAAGGGUCUUUUCAUAACUGUGGAUGCACCACAGCUCGGACGACGGGAGAAAGACAUGCGAAUGAAGUUCGAAGCAGAUGAUCCCUCGGAAGUGGCUAAAGCUGGAGGGAAGGGUGUAGAUCGGUCGCAGGGAGCAGCAAGGGCUAUCAGCUCAUUCAUCGAUCCUGGUCUCAAUUGGAGCGACCUCUCUUGGUUCAAAAGCAUCACAAAGAUGCCUCUGAUCCUCAAAGGUGUCCAGUGCUGGGAGGACGCCUUGGAAGCCUACGACCAAGGGCUAGCAGGUGUUGUUCUAUCAAACCACGGUGGUCGCCAACUCGACUUUGCUCGUUCAGGGAUUGAAGUUCUUGUUGAAUGUGUCACAAAGCUCAAAGAGAAACGAGGGCUUACGUUCCCCAAUGACAAAUUCGCGUUGCUUGUGGAUGGUGGUGUGAGAAGAGCUACUGAUGUGAUUAAAGCAGUAGCAUUGGGAGCCACCGCAGUUGGCAUCGGUCGUCCGUUCCUAUAUGCUUUCUCGGCGUACGGUGUUGAAGGAGUAAACAAAGCGUUGGAAAUCCUUCGUGAUGAGUUUGAGAUGAAUAUGCGUCUAAUCGGGGCUCCGACAAUCAAGGAUAUUGUUCCCGAGAUGGUUGAUGCUUCAAACCUUUCGUCACAUAUUGUCUCAGUCCCCGAAGACAAUCUCUAUCACACAAGCUAUGAGGUCAUGCACCAUGCGACGUUGAAAGAGAUCAAGUCCAAGCUAUGAAACACUAAUAAUUGUAUUCUCAUCUAUCUAUCUAUCUAUCUAUCUAUCUGUGCUUGGUCCUAAAGCGAAUUGAUGGUAAAUUUCCCUUUACAGAUAUAUUUAUAGAUAUAAAAAUAAAAGGAGAACG